UCUGUCAUCACAGAUCCAUCUACAACUACAAGAAGGUCAAGUACUACAGCUACUACCACCAUGGCCUCAACAUCUAUUAGACCAUCAACCACACCAACAAGGUCCACAGUGGGGGCUAGUCCGUCCACUACCACAGCCUCAACAACAGCAAGAAUAUCAACAAUGGGCAGCAGUACGUCGACUGCCACGCCUUCAACAACCACAAGACCGAGUACAGUACACAUCAGUCCUUCCACAACCCCUGCACCAACCACAACACGGCACGCAGCUGCAAGUACAUCAUCAUCAUCAGGUACAACGCACAGUUACAUCUCUUCAAAACCAACGGCAUCCCCUACGCCACUCCCCACCUCCACACAAAUCACCACCCGCACAACCUUAGCUCCAAGCACAAGUAUCGCGAGGACGGAAAUACCAGUUAAAUAUUGUCCAGAAUUCGAACCGACAAUCGAAUUAAAGAGGCUCGGAGUCUUCGUCUGGCCGAAAACAAUACAAGGAAUGGUGUCCUAUCAACCAUGUCCCAAUGGCACCGUUGGUCAGAUACAACUGAUAUGUGGAGAAGACGGUACUUGGCAGGGGUCGCCUGAUCUCUCCAAUUGUACCACACACUGGAUUCAGGAGCUCCAACUGUCUCUCGCUCGAAGGGUUGACCCAGAGGACGUCCUCCUCGAGAUGACUGACGGACUAGUUUCAGAAAAACCCGUUGAGGCAUUUGACAUCAUCAAGAUCAUUAACAUAAUCGGCGUCAUCCUGGAAAGACAGGAAGACGAGAUGCAGUUCAGUAACGUAACACAAGGGGGCCAAGAACACAUGAGAGAAUCUCUUAUAGAGUUUGCUAAGAGGAUUAUAAAGUCUUCAAGUUCUUUGCUAAAGAACGCACUUAACAAGGACUGGAUGAGCAUUGAGCCUUUGGAUCGCAGAAUUGAGGCGGCCGCAGCACUAUUGGCUAAGGUAGAGAAGCUGGGUAUCCUUUUGGCCUCGAAGUUGCCCAAUAAUACCAUCUCAAUCAUCGACGAAAACAUAGUGUUUGCAGUCGGUGUUAUAUUCAAGAAAGACCCCACCUUCCCUGAUCCAACGAAGUUACUCAAUACGUCUUGGAGCGGUGUCACAGACAGUAUCACCCUGCCCCAGACUGACCACCAUGCCGUGGCGACCCUGUACAAAACCAUACACUUGUACCUAAACUCCAGUUCCAACCAGGUGAAAAGUGUCAACUCCCGCGUCAUCGCGACAACCCUCGUGAACGGGACCAUCCAAGAUGGCGACAGAAUCACCAUCUUCCUGGAACAUGACAAGAAUCUAAACCAAUUGAGGAACGCUACAGUAAAUGUUACUUCGUCCUGCUCCUACUGGAACUUUCCCAGCCAGGAUUGGGCAAAUGGCAGUUGUACCGCGAAGGAGAUUAACAUGACCCACACCACCUGCGAGUGCACCCAUCUCACCAACUUCGCCAUUUUGGCACGCGUGGUCGGAGAUCAUGAUGAAUUUGCACUUCAUGUUAUAACUUGGAUCGGCUGUGGAAUCUCUAUCGUCUGUUUCAUCAUCUGCAUUUGUGUCUUCCUGGGAAGCAGACGGGUCCGUUGCCCUCGAACCAUCGUCCAUGCAAAUUUGUGCAUUUGUCUGUUGCUUGCCGAAAUCAUAUUUUUGGCUGCCGUCGACAAAACACAAAAUAAGGAUGCCUGUGAUGUAGUAGCCAUAAUUCUUCACUACCUCUUCCUGGCCGCUUUUGCCUGGAUGUGUGCCGAGGGGAUGGAGUUGUAUGCGUUACUUGUCCAGAUCUUCAACCUCCAGAACAAGAGAGUUUACUACUACCAUCUCAUAGGCUAUGGAGUACCUGCUGUAGUGGUGAUCAUUUCAGUGGGUGUCAAUUAUAUCGAGGAACUGGAUGGAUAUGGCACGGACAGAUACUGCUGGUUGUCCGUAGAGAAAGGCUUCAUCUGGAGCUUUGUGGGCCCGAUGCUCGCCAUGAUAUUUGUGAACCUUGGGUUCCUGAUCAUGACCAUGAGGCUGGUGUACAUACAGAGAACCAACAGAGAACUUACCAACACCAACACUGACAAGUCUUCAGAUAAACAAGGGCGGGGAAAGAAGUUCAGGUUUUGGAUCCGUGUGUCCGUGAGUCUGAUCUGCCUCCUUGGCCUGACCUGGAUGCUGGGCGUGUUCUACAUCAGUAGUGAGACAGUGGUGUUUGCCUACUUCUUCACUAUCGCCAAUUCGUUUCAAGGUUUAUUCAUCUUUAUCUUUCACUGCCUGAAGAAUGAAAAGGUGCAGAAGGAGAUACAGCGUUACUGCUUCCCCAAGAAGAGUAAAAUACAGAGGAGGCGGCCGACCGGCACAACUUCCGGGGAGUUACUGGGCAGCUUUAGCUCUAGCUCUAGAGCCGCUGCUAGAAGAGGAACAGAGACAACAAGUAUCGGCAAUGUAGGCACCCCUCUUCGUAGGGACGGGAGGUCGUUUAUAAAACCAGGGACAAAAUCAAUCAACACGACUGAUCAGAAUUCAGGAACAACGGAAAGGCCGAUUGCCCUGAAAAGUAACGGUAACUACCACAAAGGACAGGAUCAAGAACUCUCCUCAUCAACAUCAAUGGUGAUCAGUUUCGAAGGCUCUAGGAAGGUUCCACCCAAAUUUGCUGUGAAUGGGGACAGCAUGAUGUAACGUGGGCAGUUAAGUCAUUAUCGUAUAGAAUAUCCUAAGUUCUACUGGCGUAUGCAAUAUCAGUUUAGUUAGUCAAAGUUCUUCCCGCACCAGACCAUAGGGCGGCGCCCAUCUCCGUUUUCAUAGCCCUGGGCUGCACAGCUUUUCUGCAAGCACUACAGCAGAGGGCUAGUCACUGUUGUUGGUGUGUGUGUCUGUGUGUUCAACUGCCACACUCUUUUCCAAAUGCUGAUUGCUGAUCAGAGGAAGCAUUGUGUACUACCUUUUAGAGUCUUAGGUAUCACUCGGCCUGGAUGGAAUUCACGAUCUACUGUAUGUAAGGCGAACAAUGUCAUUUGCCCAUAACACCGGUCAAAUGCAAUAUACAGCGUACUACAUUGACGAGGCUUAGGCGAAUACGAAAUUGCAAUACAGAGACCCUAGAUUUAUGGAGUAGCUCCAUCUAUUACGGCAGUUUGUUACGUUACGUUGGUUUGACCUAUGCGUCUAAAAUAUAAAAAGGGACGCAUUGUUACGAGAUAAGGUGUCAUAUAUUCAUAAAUAGAAAAUUGGCACUAGUGGGUCAUAAUUGUAUAUCACGCAAAAUGUGCAUAAUUGUUCUAUUUGAUGUAUGGAUGUAAUUUCAUCAGUUGACUGUUGUAGUUACUAUAGUAGAACGGUGCAAUAAAUCAUGGGAAUCAAAAUUUAUGACUUGUAUUGCAACUUUGCCGGUAAGAUGAAAAGAACUUUCUUUGGGAAAUUUUGCAGUAUGUAUUAUACUUUCCCGAAAAUAUGUACUU